GUCGUCGGUCUCGCGAUGCCUGGUAGACUGCACCGGCCCGAGUCUGCUCUGCCGCGCCCGUUCGCGCAGCCUCCUGCGCGUCGCCAGGAAGAUCUCCAGGUAGACCAGGCUCAUCAGCAGCAACGGUAUGAAGAACGAGCCCAGGGAGGAGUAUAUGACGUAUCCCUGGCGUCUGGUGAGCUGGCACGGCGUGCCCGGCUCCAGCUCUUCCGGCCAGUCGUUCCAGCCGGCCAACGGCGGCGAGCUGAUCGCACCCGAGAGGAUCCACACGCCGGCGAUCGUCGCCAGCACGCGCUUGAGGGUGCGCUUUUGCGCGUAGUUGAUGGGGUCGGUGAUCGCCCAGUAGCGGUCGAGGGCGAUCGCGCACAGGUUGAGGAUGCUGGCGGUGCAGCAGAGUACGUCGCACGUCAGCCACAGUUUGCACAGAUGGAUGCCGAAGAUCCACUUGCCGAGCAAGAGGUAGGCUACGUUGAACGGCAUCACGAGCAGCGCCACCGCGAGGUCCGCCACUGCCAGCGAGACGAUGAAGAAGUUCUGCACGAUGCGCAGCGGCCGGUACGUGAAGACGCUCAGGAUCACCAGCGCGUUGCCGAACACCGUCGCCAGCACGAGGAAGCCGAGGGUCAACAGGGCCGCCACCGCCUCCCACGUCGGCAGAUUCGAGCCGGUCUCCUCUUCCGGGACACCGCAGCCGCCCAUCUCGUAGUCCUCCGACAUCGUGCCGCCGGACUCGCCGCUCGCGUUCAUGUCGUCCGGGCUGUUCUCUGCAAAGCCAAGUCGUUUAUCAUCGUGUGCGAUCGUCAAUCAACGGACAACCGCAUAGAUCUACGAAGAGAGCUGCAAACAUCGGAGAGACCGCGACGGCCGCAGACCUUCACUGAGCGUAGCGAACUGAAAUACGCCCGUCGUCUGGUUGUCAAACUCGGCAGCGCCGUUAUAACGAGGGAGGACGAGCACGGCCUGGCGCUGGGACGUCUGGCGUCCAUCGUCGAGCAGGUAGCCGAAUGCCAGAACGAGGGACGCGAAUGUAUUAUGGUGACUAGCGGUGCGGUCGCCUUUGGCAAGCAGAAACUCACCCAGGAGCUCUUAAUGUCCCUGUCAAUGAGGGAGACCCUGAGUCCGGCGGAUCACACGCGGGAGCAUGCAGGAACCAUGCUGGAACCCAGAGCAGCCGCGGCCGUGGGCCAGUCGGGCCUCAUGUCCCUCUACGACGCGAUGUUCGCUCAAUACGGAGUGAAACUCGCCCAGGUGCUGGUGACCAAGCCGGACUUCUACAACGAGGAGACGCGCAAGAACCUCUUCAGCACUCUCACCGAGCUGAUCAGCCUGAACAUCGUGCCUAUCAUCAAUACGAACGACGCGGUGUCGCCGCCGCCGGUGGUCGACGAGGAAGUCGCCGGCGGCGGCGGUCGCAGGGGCAUAUCCAUCAAGGACAACGACUCCCUGGCGGCGAUGCUGGCGGCCGAGAUUCAAGCCAGUCUGCUGGUGAUUAUGAGCGACGUCGACGGGAUCUACAAUCUGCCACCUUGGCAGGACGGCGCGAGGAUGCUGCACACCUUCAGCUCCGAUCACAGAGGCACCAUCAAGUUCGGCGAGAAGUCGAAGGUGGGCACCGGCGGCAUGGACUCCAAGGUCAACGCCGCGCUCUGGGCGAUGGACCGCGGCGUCUCGGUGAUCAUCUGCAACGGCACUCAGGAGAAGGCCAUCAAGAACAUCCUGUCGGGCAGGAAGAUCGGCACUUUCUUCACGCAGACCACCGGCUCGUCCACUCCUGUCGAGGUGAUCGCCGAGAACGCUCGCGUCGGCAGCCGAACGUUGCAAGCGUUACGUCCGGAGGAACGUGCCGAAUGCAUCAACACCUUGGCGGACUUGCUGGAGACCAGGCAGUCCGAAAUACUCGCGGCGAACGCGUUGGAUCUGGAAGCGGCGAGCAAGGCGAGCCUGGCCAAGGCUCUGAUAUCGCGUCUCUCUUUGACACCGGCGAAACUGAAGUCCCUGAGCUCCGGUUUGCGUCAGAUCGCGAUGGACUCGCUGAACAACGUUGGUCGCGUGGUCCGCAGAACGAGACUUGCCGAUGAUCUGGAGCUGCAACAGAUCACGGUGCCGAUCGGAGUGCUGCUGGUUAUCUUCGAGUCCAGGCCGGACAGUCUGCCUCAAGUGGCCGCGUUGGCCAUGUCCAGCGCCAACGGGUUGCUGCUGAAGGGCGGCAAGGAGGCCACCAAUAGCAAUAAGUACCUGAUGGAGCUUGUUAAAGAGGCGCUGAACAAGUUCGGCGCCGCGAACGCGAUCUCGCUGGUGUCCACGCGGGAAGACGUGAGUGAUCUCCUCUCGAUGGAGAAGCACAUCGAUCUCAUCAUACCGCGCGGCAGCUCAGAACUGGUGCGCACAAUUCAGGAGCAAUCUAAGCACAUACCCGUGCUGGGACACGCCGAGGGCAUCUGUCACGUCUACGUCGACAAGGACGCGGACCUGGCGAAGGCUAUGCGGAUCGUACGAGACUCUAAGUGCGAUUAUCCCGCGGCAUGCAACGCCAUGGAGACGUUGCUGAUACACGAGAGCCUCAUGAGUGGCAACUUCUUCACGGACGUGUGCAGCAUGCUGCAGAAGGAGGGGGUGAAAAUCAAUUCCGGCCCAAAGCUGAGGGAGCUGCUGACCUUCGGCCCGCCGGCCGCCAAGAGCAUGCGGACCGAGUACGGCGCGCUCGAGUGCACCAUUGAGGUGGUCUCGGAUGUCGACGACGCUAUCAAUCAUAUUCAUAAGUACGGCAGCAGUCACACCGACGUCAUCGUCACCGAACACACCAAUUCAGCGACGCACUUUCAACGGGAGGUGGACAGCGCCUGUGUCUUCCACAAUGCCAGCACCAGAUUCGCAGAUGGUUAUAGAUUCGGUCUCGGGGCAGAGGUCGGCAUUUCUACGGCACGUAUACACGCACGUGGCCCGGUAGGAGUCGACGGGCUGCUGACAACCAAAUGGGUCUUGAAGGGCGACGGACACGCGGCCGCGGAUUUCGCCGAGAGUGGCAGCAAGAGCUGGCUCCAUCAAUCUCUACCCCUCUACGAAUCGGCGUGAAUCUGGCUGCUUCGAGCUUACUGAUCUCGGGAUAGUCGGAAUCGCUUGUGGGACAACGCGCAUGAGCGAUCCUUCAACGAAGGAAAUCAUAUCCUACGAGAUAUAAAUCGAAAUACAAGCAUACGUGAUAACUACUGUUAUAAGCAUACGUGUAAACUAUUGUUAACUAAUUCUUAUUUAUACUAAAUUGUUCCUGGUACACGUAUAUCGUACGUAGAUCAAUAUCGAGUCACUAUCCUAAAUGACGAUGCGACUCAUUGACACGACAAAAUAUUUGUGAAAUAUUGAGCUUCCUUGUGUAAAAUUAGUACUAAGGAAAGUAUAGUAUAUCGUUUAAUACAGAGCUCGAAAUUAGUUGCCCAUUUCGGCCGAUUCUCAGGAGCUACGCCUUCUAUCUUCCCCUUGCCGCGAGCGGCACAAAAGUGACGCGGCCAGUCGCGGCUUCAAGCUUGGAGGCUCAACCGUCACUUUUGUGACCCGCUCGUGGCAAGAGGAAGAUAGAAAGCGUAGCUCCUGAGAAUCGACCGAAAUGGACAACUAAUUCCAAACUCUGGUUUAGAAUAAGAAAGAUUAGAAAUUUAUUCGAAACUCUCUACUCUGUCCUGGAGAUCCGUGGUUCCUCUCCGAUAUUAUUUUUAAUAAAUUAUUAAACCCGAUGGAAACACAGAAAAGACAGGCUAUCAGCCUGUUUUUGUUUUUCAUCGCAAAUAACAACAAAUGUUACAAACAUAUCGAAUUUAAAUGAAUUAAACGUAAACAAAGAAAUGGAGAAACAUUCAUGCGACCUGUAAACAAAAAAAAUAAAUGAAUUUUCAGAACAA